GGACGAGGUGAAGCGGCUGUUGUGGUUUUCGGUGGUCGUUGUGUGGGGGGUGGCCAUUGCUCUAGCAGUCUUCGCUACUUUGUUGGCUGUUUUUGCCAUUUGUGUGUGUGUAUUCGUUGCCAUUGUUGUAGCAUCCCGGUGUCGUUAGGUUCCAAUCGCAAAGUUGAGAUCGUGCUUGUUGGGUGUUGUUGAGGCAGUGAUGGCCGGCCGGGGAUUCACCGCCGAAUUGUAUGGUGACGUUGGCGGGUCGUCAGGCUAUUACGAAGCGGGGGGCGAGGUGUCCGAGUGCACACAGGCGCGCUCCGAUGGAGGACACCCGCCCCCAUCGUGGUCGUACUCGCCGCAAACGGGAUGCAAUAUCAUGCCUGGUGAAAUGCAGCUGACCCAUUCAUCUCACAAUGUGGCCGUCUCCACGCACGCAUCUGCGACGAGCGCCUUUGGCCGACCUGCAAUGCCUCCAAGCGCAGCAACGAGCUCAAGGCAGCGGACAUACAACAUAUCGGUCGGUGGGCAGGGGGGGUCAAGUGCCACGGGUGCAGGCAAUUGGGGUUCUUCGGAGUACACGCGUGAGGCUCCCGGGUGCAACCAGCGCUCUCCGGCUAUGCCCGCGUUCUUGUCGAUUUCCACUCGCUUCGGCUCGACAAGAGACAAUACAGUUGAGGGGGUCCCAUCUCCCAAUCUUGGUCUGCAAUCACCGCAACGACGUCUACCUCAAGGCGGCCACCAACCCUGCCUGCGGCCUGCAGGGUUCACCGGGCAGCCGACAUUCCACCCUCAAGGGUCGCUGCAGAGAGCGGGAGGUGACGGGCACUUGUCUGGGGGGGAAUCCAGGAACACACAUGUCACAACACCCCCGCCGAUGAGGGGGAGUCGUGCGUCCGGGGUGGAGCGAACUGACGCAGUUGGGGAGGGAUAUAUGCAUGAUACGGGCGGUCAAUGGGAGUUCGGAGGGAAUGGGUCAGAGGAAGGGGGUGGCGGUGGUAAAGAUGCCGCAUCCGGCGCAUCAGGAUCGACGGCCGGCACAACGGGGAUGCCUUCUCAAGAAAGAGCACCGACGAAUGUCAUGCCUCAUUCCAGCGGACAAUGCCGAAAGGCGCCGACGCCAUCGGCCCCGCCGAAAAAGAAUAGUCCUUGGACAUUGGAGGAGCGAGUGAAGCUGGCGACGGUGGCGGCAAAGGAUGACGCGUUGAUGGCUGACGCGGAAGGUCCUCAAAGACACAUGACGAGAUGUAGAAGAUGGCAGUGGACCGCGGACCGGAUGAGGGAGGAGGGGUACUCCAGGACAGGGGAGGAUUGCAGAAAGAAGUGGGCCGAGCUUGUGAAGAAGGGGUCGGGGCAACAGUCAUAUUUCGAUUUGACGACGGACGAGCGGAGGAAGAAAGGAGUGUCGCUGACGCUUGAGAAGCAGCUUUGGGAUGCCAUGGAAUGGUAUAGGUUGAAGGCAUCGGUGAGAUGCGACAACACCUUGGCAUCUGAGGAUUUGAGAGGGGGAGGGUCAGUGCCGGGUAGUGAGGGGGGAUCGGAAGGCGGGGGGACAAAUGUUUCUGAUGGCAGUGCGAAGACUCGUAGGACGUCGUCAGGGAAGGCACGUGAAGGGGAAUCGGCGGCGAAUAUGAACGGGGUGGCAUCGGCUAUGGAGGAGUCAACGAGGGCUGUCUGCGAAGGUUUGGACCGUGCGGCCGRCACGCUCGCGCGCGCAACUAUUGAAGGUGCCAGCAUGAUGGCCGCCCGCAUGGGCAAGAUGGCGACGGGGAUAGGGGCGGUUGCGGGGGCGAUGCAGGAAGGGAANCGCGCAACUAUUGAAGGUGCCAGCAUGAUGGCCGCCCGCAUGGGCAAGAUGGCGACGGGGAUAGGGGCGGUUGCGGGGGCGAUGCAGGAAGGGAACGUCGUUCUGGAGAUGCUGGUUGGAGUGAUGGCGGGGAGAGGGUCUCGACGUGGGAGGGGGGUGGAUGAAGGGGCUGAAACGGACCCCUCGUCGAGGUAGGGCCCCGAUUUUUUCGAAACGGAUCGUGGAAGGGGUUGAACCGUAGUGGAGGAGACCGCUUUUGUGCACCCUUG